AUGCCCACUGCACCCAUGUAUCCCGAUACCGACGGUCUGGAUAAGUAUAGAGGUGAACGCCUACACAGUCAUCUAUAUCGAAGCCCCGAAGUUUUAAAAGGUCACACCGUUCUGGUAGUUGGUGGAGGGCCAAGUGGUGUUGAUAUCGCCCACCAUAUCUACAAACACGUUGAGCACAUAUUUCUCAGUCAUCACCUGGAGGCCGCACCACACACCGAUUUUAUGUUGAACGUCACGCAGAAGCAUAUUCAGCGUUUCACCGAAAAUGGCGCUAUUUUCAAAGACGGCAGCGCAGCUUCUUUCUCUUAUGUGAUUUUUUGCACAGGAUAUAAAUACACCUUCCCCUUCUUGAGUGUGGACUGUGGCCUAAACGUUGAUGUCAAUUGGGUGCAUCCGCUCUACAAACACUGUCUAAACAUUAAUAAGCCAACGAUGGCCGUCAUUGGUCUACCACAUCAAAUCUGUCCAGCUCAACUUUUCGAUUUACAAGUGCGUUUUGCGCUUGCUUUCUUUACGGGGCGCAAGCAAUUGCCUAGUCGCGCUGAGAUGCUGGCUGAAACGGAGGCGGAUAUGGAGGAGCGUUGGACGAGUGGAGUAUCGAAACGGGUAGCACACAAAAUGGGACCGAAACAGUUUGAUUACUAUGAAGACUUAGCUGUCACAGCGGGUAUUACCAAAGUGAAGCCGGUGGUAUGUAAAAUGAUGAAAGCCUGCUCUAGAAGGUACAUUUUCGGACUGGAUACAUAUCGGCAAAGUCGCUUCAAAGUGGUUGAUGAUGAGAAUUUCGUACGAAUUGCAUAGACCAUGCUGGCAGUUGGGAAAUUGUACAGAGCAGCAGCAAAAAUGUAUUUUAUAGAAUAAUGUAUCAUCGAUCAACACGAAAAACACAACAAUUUUAGCAAAUAAGAUGUCAUUAUUUCUUAUAUGGCGAAAAAUAUGUACAUCUGACUGGCAACAGUUUAACUUAUGUUAUAGCAAAAGUAUUAUAAAACAUAUUUAUGUACGUGAUUAAAGGCGUGCUUAUUUUGAAAAGAGAUCAUG